AUGCCCAAGGCUGGCUAUCCAACCUCUACUUCUCCUGGCCCAGGGCUGCCCACUGACCCGGACCUGAUGCUGAUGCAGGAAGGCAUGCAGAUGCGCAAGGUGAGGUCCAAAAACUGGAAGAAGCUAAGAUACUUCAGACUUCAGGAUGACGGCAUGACAGUCUGGCAUUCUCGGCAGAACGGGUGGCGUGCCAAGCCCAGCUUCUCGAUCUCGGACGUGGAGACCGUGCGUGAAGGCCAUGAGUCUGAGUUGCUUCGCAGCCUGGCAGAGGAGUUCCCUCUGGAGCAGGGUUUCACUGUCGUCUUCCACGGACGCCGCUCCAACCUAGACCUGGUGGCCAACAGUGCUGAGGAGGCCCAACUCUGGAUGCGGGGGCUCCAGCUGCUGGUGGAGGUGGUCACCAGCAUGGACCAACAGGAGCGGCUAGACCAACCUGGAUGGUUGAGUGACUGGUUCCAGCGUGGAGAUAAAAACCAGGAUGGACGGAUGAGUUUCCGAGAAGUCCAGCGGUUACUGCAUCUGAUGAAUGUGGAAAUGGAGCAGGAAUAUGCCUUCCAGCUUUUCCAGGCAGCAGACAAGUCUAAGUCUGGGACUCUGGAGGGAGAAGAAUUUGUAGAAUUCUAUAAGGCAUUGACUAAGCGGGCUGAGGUGGAGGAACUGUUUGAAAACUUUUCGGCUGAUGGGCAGAAGCUGACUCUGCUAGAAUUUGUGGACUUCCUUCAAGAGGAGCAGAAAGAAGGAGACCGAGCUCCUGACCUUGCUCUGGAACUCAUCGACCGUCAUGAGCCUUCAGAUAGCGGCAAACGGCGGCACGUGCUGAGCAUGGAUGGCUUCCUUAACUACCUCUGCUCCAAGGAUGGGAACAUCUUCAACCCAGCCUGCUGUCCCAUCUACCAGGAUAUGACCCGACCUCUGAGCCAUUACUACAUCAACUCCUCUCACAACACCUACCUAGUGGGGGACCAGCUUUGUGGCCAGAGCAGCCUUGAAGGAUAUAUACGGGCCCUAAGACGGGGAUGCCGCUGUGUGGAGGUGGAUGUCUGGGAUGGACCUAAUGGGGAACCCAUUGUUUACCAUGGACACACCCUGACCUCUCGCAUCCUGUUCCAAGAUGUUGUGGCCACAGUAGCUCAGUAUGCCUUCCAGACAUCAGACUACCCAGUUAUCUUGUCCUUGGAGAACCACUGCAGCCUGGAGCAACAGGAGGUCAUGGCGCACCAUCUGACCGAGAUCCUGGGGGAGCAGCUGUUGAGCACUACCUUGGACGGACAGCUGCCCAUCCAGCUGCCCUCACCUGAGGAGCUUCGAAGGAAAAUUCUACUGAAGGGAAAGAAGUCAAGGACUCUUGAAGAGGAUCUUGAAGAAGAGGAGGAGGAACCAGAGGAGACAGAGGCAGAGUUGGAGCCGGAGCCGGAGCCAGAGUUGGAGCCGGAGCCAGAACCUGAGCCCCAGGAGUUGAGCCCUCGGAGUAAGGACAAAAAGAAGAGGAAAUCCAAGCCCAUGUUGUGUCCAUCCCUCUCUGCCUUGGUUGUCUACUUGAAGAGUGUCCCAUUCCACAACUUCAACCAUUCGAGGGAACACUACCGCUUCUAUGAGACAUCGUCCUUCUCUGAAACCAAGGCCAAGAACCUGGUCAAGGAGGCUGGCAACGAGUUUGUGCAGCACAACACCUGGCAGCUAAGCCGAGUGUAUCCCAGUGGCCUGAGGACAGACUCUUCCAACUACAACCCCCAGGACCUGUGGAGCGCUGGCUGCCAGAUGGUGGCUAUGAAUGUGCAGACUGCGGGACUGGAGAUGGACAUCUGUGAUGGGCUCUUCCGCCAGAAUGGUGGCUGUGGCUAUGUGCUGAAGCCAGACUUCCUGUGUGACACCCAGAGUUCCUUCCACCCGGAGAGGCCCAUCAGUCCUUUCAAGGCCCAGACCCUCUUCAUCCAGGUGAUCAGUGGUCAGCAACUCCCCAAAGUGGACAACAUCAAAGAAGGGUCCAUUGUGGAUCCACUGGUGAAAGUGGAGAUCUUUGGCGUCCGCCCAGACUCAACCCGCCAGGAGACCAGCUAUGUGGAGAACAACGGUUUUAAUCCAUACUGGGGGCAGACAUUGUGCUUCCGAGUCCUGGUGCCUGAACUCGCCCUGCUGCGUUUUGUGGUAGAGGAUUAUGACUGGAAGUCCCGAAAUGACUUUGUCGGUCAGUACACCCUGCCUUGGACCUGCAUGCAACAAGGUUACCGUCACAUACACCUGCUCUCCAGGGAUGGCACCAGCCUCCACCCAGCUUCCAUCUUUGUGCACAUCUCCAUCCAGGAAGGGCUAGAGGGGGCUGAAGUCUGA